AUGGUACUGCUGCAACUGCUGGGGCGAGUGCGAUGGCCUUCGACAGGGUCCACCGGGCUGCUUUCUGAGGCUGGAAAAGGUCCUCGGCUCCCUGCAGGCACCACAAUAGUGGCGAAUGCAGGGGUAGCGGCCAUCGGCUUCCUGCAGCAAGCCCGGAAGAUUCUCCGUGACCAGGGACAAGAGAAGGCUGCAACGGCCACCCCGCUGGCCAAGAAGAGGAAAAGGCAGAAGUUUUCUGGAGAUGGCCUUCCCGAAGGAAUACCGAACUUCAGAUCUGCCGUCCAGGAGUUUUUGCAGUUGCUGUACCAUAGACGCAACACCGAAGGUCCCUGUGAGGAGUAUGGAGUGGUCACGAGCAAAGACUCCGACGGCACGAAGUGGUUUCGGGGCACUUUGAAAGUGCCCCGAUUCGCCGCGGACAGAGAGUUCUGCGACGGGCGGCUUCACGAGAGGCCCGCCCUGGCCAAGGAGGGCGCCGCAAAGGCAUUCUGGGACGACCCCGUCGUCGAGGCCGCCCGAAAAAGCUUGGAUGAGCUCCACAGCCGGGGCCGGUAG